AUGGCGACAGGUGGUCAACCAUCACCUUGGAUUCACAUGGACGAGUUUAACAGAGAACGAGUGGCCAUAGGUGGUGAAAAUUAUGGUGAGAAGAAAAGCCGAACCAUGACAAACGGCGACCACGGAUUUAGCGAGAAUAAAGACGCUGAAACAGUCACAAAAAAACCACGGAAAAGUUACUCAGCUCUUAUCAAGCAAUUUGGUUUGGAAACAACAGCCCAUGGCAUACCGCGAAUAGCAGGAGCCAAGUCGUUGUUGGGUCGCGUUAUUUGGAGCGUCUGCUUUCUAGUAGCCGCGGGAGCGUUUAUCAGACAGUUUAUUGUGUUAGUAUCACUCUACUUGGAUUAUCCCAGCACGGUCAGCAUCGCGGUCGUGUCCCAGCCAAGUUUGAAAUUUCCGGCAGUCACUAUAUGCAAUACAAACAAGCUGCGUAAGUCCGCUAUAGGAAACAGUGAACACAGAGAGCUGAUAACUGCAGUAGAAGGAACGGAAAUACUACCCUACUAUGUCCCAUGUCUGGAAGAAGAUUUCAUAUGCAGUAAUGGUAUCACGUGUUUGAAGGCCUAUCUGGUGUGUGACGGUGCUAAGCAGUGUCCAGAUGGCAGUGAUGAAGAUGACUGCAUAUAUGGUCAAUGUGGAGUUGACCAAUUUAUGUGUAAAACAGGGAGUCCAUACGGAGUAUGCAUCGAAAAGUUAAUGAAAUGCGAUGGAAGGAAUGAUUGUUAUGACCAUAGUGAUGAAGAGAAUUGUGCUUGCAAUAGUGUUAUGUUUGAGUGUACAUCCGGUGGUGAAUACGGGCGAUGUAUACCAGAAUAUCAAGUAUGUGACGGAAUAGACCACUGUAAUGGCGGAGAAGAUGAGAAGUACUGCGAGGAAUGUGUUUAUGGAUUAUACACGUGUAAAAAUAAAAGAUGUGUACUGGAGAGUAAAACAUGUGAUUUCAAUAACGACUGCGGAGACUGGAGUGAUGAGUGGAAUUGUACAUACGCUGAAUGCGACAACAGCAAGUUUCGAUGUCCGGAUGGUACAUGUUCUAGUCAGCUGAACGAGUGCAGUACGUAUAUGGGAUGUGGUGAAAACGUAGAUUCUAAAACAUGCAAUACAUACAUGCCGUGUCCGGGAACAUUCGUACGCUGUGGGGACGGUUCAUGCGUGGAUAAAAACGUUGGAUGCAUUGAUAGCGUAUCUGGUAAAAUGGAAAUCACGUUCCCAAACAGCGAAUUUCUGAAAACUGCGUCCCACUACCUCCCAACUACAGCUGUACAAACUGUGACUAAUUCCACUGAGGCAGAGUGCAUGGUUAGCUGCAUCGACGAAAGCAUGUUCAAAUGUCGAUCUAUAAAUUACAAUACCUCAAACAGAACUUGUAAUUUGCUGUCAGAUAGUGCUACAACGAUGAGUGGCGGCCUAGUUUCUGACACAUUUACAAGUUACUAUGAAUACAGAACAGCCAACUACCCAUUCAAUAAAUUCAACGUAACUGAGGGAUAUAUUCUUGGUGGGUAUAACGAGGUGAAGAUAUCGAACAUUGACACAGAGUCGUGUAUGGAGACAUGCUUACGUUUGACAAUAUUCCACUGCCGUUCUGUUGAUUAUUGGAAGACUCGCCAAACGUGCUACAUUAACAUCGAGAACACAUGGACUGCUGAGGCGGAGUUGGUCGACCAUCCAGAGUUCAACCACUACCAAGUCAUUGCAGAAACAUUUCCAUUCAACCACUUUGAACAGUUUGAAAGCUUUGCAUCUUCGUAUGCUCAUAACAAAACGUUGGUGGCCGAAACAUUGCAAGACUGUCUGUAUUUAUGUCUAGCAGACACCAAACUUGAUUGCGAAUCCAUUGAUUUCUCUAUGGCUGGGACAUGCCACUUGAAUACAUACUCUAUGAAAACAUCAAAUGUGGUCUUAGUAACAGACAUGCAGUAUAUCCAUUCAGAAAUAAAGAUAGCAUUUCCAAGAGACCAUUUCCACAAAACUGUGAGCAGAGCUUUAACAUCGUACAACGACGAGGUUAUCAGAGGUGUUUAUUUAGACCAAUGUCUACGUCAUUGCCUCGACGGUGCUGCAUUCGUCUGUCACUCUGCCGACUUUGCGUUCCCUUCCGGUAAUUGCUACAUGAGUACAGAAACCCCUGAUACAACAGAUACAGGUCUUGGAGUUUACCAAAAAACAAACUACUAUCAAAGUAAAACAGCUGUUUGCCUUGAGGAUGAUUUCCCCUGCGACCAUGGUUGGCAAUGCAUCAAAUCUUGGCUAGUCUGUGACGGAACACGUAAUUGUCCAGAUGGGAGUGAUGAAAAAUACUGCGAAGAAGAUUGUCGAACUGAUGAAUUCAAGUGUGACAACGGGGGUUCGAGGGGAAUUACGUGUAUACCCAAGGAGAACGUAUGCGACGGUUUUAGGGAGUGUUACAAAGGACAGGAUGAAACGAGGACACAGUGUGUGACAUGCCGGGGAUUUAUGUGUGGCGAUUCAAGUUGUAUCCCCAUUUCAAAGGUGUGCGAUUAUUUUGCGGAUUGCGUGGACGGUACAGAUGAAUUGGGGUGCGAUCACCCAACUUGUGAGGUGGACACAGAACAUGAAUGCCUCAACGGCAUGUGCAUAUCCAUUGAUAGCGUCUGUGAUCGUAAAAACGAUUGCACUGAUUGGUCAGAUGAGUGGAACUGUGAAUACCGCGGUGAAUGUUAUAUGCUCGCCAAUGCAUAUGACUAUCGUGGCGUGGUUAAUGUAACCAUCAAUGGCAAAACCUGUCAGCGAUGGACAUCACAAGAUCCCCACGAACACACUAGAACGCCUGAUAUAUACCGUAAUUCGGGUAUCGGUGAUCAUAAUUACUGCAGAAAUCCAGACAACGAGGCCAGUGUAUGGUGCUUCACGACCGACCCCGACUCACGCUGGGAGUACUGCGAUGCCGGGACUAGGCAACUGACUUGUGGUGAUGUCAAAAACAUAUGUGAAGAUGGAACAGAGUUCACGUGCCUGAAUUUGAGAUGUGUCAAGAAACGUUUUAUGUGCGAUGGUCGAAAUCAUUGCGGCGAUUGGAGUGACGAGUGGGAGUGUGAUUACCGUGGGGAAUGUUAUAUGAAUGCAAUAGGUGCCGACUACCGUGGUACAGUAAACACGACCACUGACGGGAUCCCGUGCCAAGCGUGGUCAGAACAAACCCCACAUGAACAUAAUUACUCACCGGACCAAGUGAAAGGACAUGGAUUGGGCGAUCAUAACCAUUGUAGAAAUCCUGGUCAAGCAUUUGGUCAGAAUUCACCCUGGUGUUACACAGUCGACCCCAUGGUGCAUUGGCAACUCUGUGAUGUAGGACUCCCACGGGAUUCUUGCAGUAUAUCUGAAACGUGUUCAGACAGCGAGUUCACGUGCAGUAACGGGCAAUGCAUUUCCAAGUUCAACCGAUGUGACCGAUCACAGCAUUGUGUUGACGGAAGUGACGAAGAGAACUGUGAAUAUUACCUUGACGAGGAAGGUAGAUGUCCUUCUUUUGCCUUCACCUGUAAAGACGGUACAUGUAUCAGCCCGUAUUAUCGAUGUAAUGUCCGCACUGACUGUCCUGAUGGUUCUGACGAAGUUGACUGCAUUGCAGAAGACAUUGGUAUCGGGUGUUAUAGAGGACGAGGUGUUAGUUAUCGUGGACUAGCUAAGACUACACAAACAGGAUUGCCAUGUAUCGACUGGAAAUACUCCAAGUCCAAGUUCACCCCGCACAAGAUGCUUAGCGCAGGACUUGAAGCAACGUAUUGUCGUAACCCGAGUACAAGUUCAUCCAUGGUCAGACCAUGGUGUUACCACGUAGAUGACUCCGCCGAUAAACGAGGCUGGGAUUUCUGUAACAUCACUGAGUGUCAUGAAGUAAUUGGUGUCACGAGGACCAGCGAAUUACCAGAUAAUUGGUCCCGCCAAUUUGAAGAUCUACUAUCGGACGAUUUCUAUAAUCUGAUAUAUCAAUUCGAGAAUUCCUACUAUCGCGAUCCAGGAUUCGACCGAGUAAAGAGCGAAGUGCCACCAGACUGGUAUGGAUUUAUGACGUUUAGUUCCACCCCUGAUUUUUCCGACUUACAAGGACUGAUAAAGUUGUCGCAGAAUGAGACUUUAGAGCUUGGUCACCAGCCUGAAGAUUUUAUCCUCCAGUGCACCUUCGACCAGAAAGCUUGUCAUUACAGUGACUUCUAUAAAUUCGCAAACAAGGUGUAUGGUAAUUGUUAUACUUUUAAUCGUGCUUUUAACGAAAGUCAAACCAGAGAUUCAAAGCGAGCAGGUGCAAAUAAUGGUCUGAAAUUAACGCUGUUCACUGAGCAGAGUGAGUAUAUCAGUCUAUUUGGACAGGAUUCGGGUGUACGGGUCUCCAUACAUCGGCCAGAUACACAACCAUUUCCAGAGGAUGACGGAAUCACAGUCAGGCCAGGAUCUGUUACAUCAGUGUCAAUCAAAGAGGGACUAAUUGAAAGACUGCCACCGAAAUGGGACAAUUGCUCAGAUGAAGAAUCGGGGGAUUUUGACCCCAGUCUCGAAUGGAAAUACACGAAAUCGUCAUGUGAACACAAUUGCGUUCUUCGGAACAUGUUGAGUAGAUGCGGGUGUGUUGAUACGUUUAAUGACGACGGUCCGCGCUGUAUGGUGCUCGAUAGAGAGCAAGUGCCACAUGGUACGAAAAGACGUUAUCACAGUCGUCUUGGCCAUCUGUCAGUUAUUUUGAAAAAUCUUGUCAGACUGGAGGUGUAUUUUGAAGAAUUGAAUCUCGAGAAAAUCACCGCAAAGCCAGCAUAUCAUGUCGAGAACCUUAUUGGUGAUAUCGGUGGAUCACUGGGACUUUACAUCGGAUUAUCUUUAAUCACCGUCGUUGAAUUUUUGGAACUAUUGUGUGAUAUAGUGAGAUUUUGUUUCAGAUGA